CCCUUCAUUAACCCUCGCCCCCUCCGCGCCUACACACACUGAAGCCUUCUUUCUUGCUAGCCCUGAUCCCACUUCUCUGCUCUCCCAAGUCAUCACCCUCCUUCUUGGAACCUCGACUACUUGCCGCCUUGCAUCAAUACCAAACGCCCUGUACCACCACCACUACCACCACCACUACGCUGUGCCUACCACCUACACCCACACGCAAUCGUCUUCCUGGACCUCUACGCAACCAACUCACACCAAAGCCUCAUCACCAGCAUGGAGAUGGAAACACCACAUACGUUCGACUGGGCGCACGAUGCCUACCUAGCCCUGCAUGACCCUGACAUGAAGCAGCAGCAGCAGCAGCAGCAGCAACAACAGCAAAACGCCAAUUGGGCCCCAUUCAGCGGUGCCGACUCCAUGCACAACUCUACCUUCACAAUUCCACCUUCUCUUCUCACCCACGCUGCCAUUGAGCGAUUUGGCCAGGUCACGCCGCCUGAGGACCUCUCGCCAGCCGAGCCCCGCACCAAUUCCACCAGAGAGAACUCCAUUCCGGUGGACCAACUCCGGAAUGAAACAAACUGGUCACAACACCAGGCCAACGGCACCCAAGAGGCAAAACUCGCGCAAUCAUCGCGGGUCAGUCCUCAAGAGCCCUCAACAAAGCGCAGGCGUGCUAGCAGACCGACGCCGACGAAUCACGGCUCGGCGGAUAGCGCUGCCCCACCUCAGCAAGCCAACGACGACGGCAACCCGGAGCCCCCAAAGCGGAAGCGCGGCAGGCCAAAAUCGCAGCCCCAGAUGGUCGAGGCAUUUACUGCUGAUGGCUUUCCCUUCCAGGUCUCCUCGGCUCGCCAGUCGCACCUGGAGAAGAACCGCGUUGCCGCCCACAAGUGCCGACAGCGCAAGAAGGAGUACAUCAACGGCCUUGAGGGUCGUGCUCGCGAGUUCUCGUCCAAGAACAAGGCGUUGAAAGAGAACGUAGCCAUGUUGCGCGAGGAGGUGCUCAGUCUCAAGAACGAGGUGCUACGUCACGCUGGAUGUAACUUUUGGGCAGUCGACGAAUACCUCGCGCGAUGUGCCGGCGACCUCUUGGGAAUGGAGGCACCAAUGAACCCAUCAGCUUCACGACAUUCGAGUGCGAAGAGCCCGGACAUGUCUACCACCAUGUCCAACGACGACUACAAUCUGCACGGUAGUGCCGGAUCAUCGCCCAUGGCCUCGAGCCCAGAUGACGAGUUUGCCGGCUUGGACCUCCUCCGGGACUACGAGGACGACGAUAUGGACCAAUAAUGGGCCUUUACUAGAGGGAGACAAGACACUUCCCCUACCGUUACGUUAACUUGAUUCUUUUCUUUCCUGGAACGACUGCGACUGGAGCUGCAGACGCUUUACUUUUCUUCUACGAUACCCUAGAGCAUUGCAGUACCCUAGUCACAAAAGCUUUGCUUCUUACCCUUUUACUCUUUGUUGUACUUGGGCUGCGAGGAUGCUACAACAAUUAGUUACGAUUUAUGAUCUUGGGCGUUUAGGCCAAUGGGCUAUGGGAUAACAUGCGCGGAGCGCGGGCGAGACAACAAGGCUCGCGAUCGAAAUACAACAGCCGCCAAAACACGGGGGUCAGACAGUUGUUCUGCUCUCAACAAUGUAGCUUAAAUGAAUGAGUCACUUUAGCUUGCCUGGGAUUGCUUGAGAUUGCAUUGUGAGACAGGUUUCCUGCAUUCUCAUCUUCGGAAGCUUACUCCAAAGUCUCGUGAUAACUCCGGUACCUG